AAUACACUAUUGGGUGUACGAAAAAGUACCAACUGGAUCAACAACCAAUGUCCCACUUGAUCUGAAGAUUGUCAAAUGCUAGAUGUUGACUGAUGUUGACGAAUAAAUGGAUUGAUGAUUGGAAUGAUUGGAAUUCGUUACGCACUAUACGAUGUUAGUGAAGGUGAUUCCUGCAUAUUACCAAAUGGUAAGGGACGAAUAAAUGCGAUCUGCAGUUAGUGUAAUUUUGUCGAGUCCUGUGCCCGACAAUAAAAUGUCUCAUCCAGAUUAUGAACAGACUGCACAUGAUCAUGCGGCAUUGCUGUUACUCUUGAAGCCAAUAGGAACGCAAAUAAAGCAAAAGACUGUUGCUAGAUUAUGUGAACGUAUUAUUAAAAGUGGCAGUAGAUUCAAUGUAUAUGAUUCUACAGUAGGAGCACGAGAGAUUCUUGCCAGGUUUGUCAGGGAGCAUCCUGUUGAAAAUAAUGAUUGGGGAGAGUUUCAAACCCAUCGUCGACUGCUUGGUUUGAUAACGUUUGGCAAAUAUGAUACUCAAACUGAACUUAAUGAACUGUGCAGACUUCAUGAGACAUUGAAAGUCAAGUACGGAGCAACGUUAUACGAUUCUAGAGCAAUUUUAUUAGGCCCUGUGGAAUCAACAAAUUUAAAUGAACCACCAAAAUCCUUCAGUACUCCAUCAAACUUUAAAACACGCGCAGUAUUUUAUGCUGAUGAGAGUUGUCCGGAUUUGGAAGCACAAAUAGCAGAAUGCUUAAAUUCGCUCUUCUGGAUUCUGGAGUCCAAAAGAUUGGAGCGUUCUCGAGAGAAAAUUGAUCGUGUUUCACUUCUCCUGGCACCUUUUGAAAAGAAAGACUUUAUAGGCCUAGAUUUAGAAUCACGAAACAAUAAAAAACGAUGCUGUGGUCGCAUUACAAAACAUCUAGGUGAUUUAUGUUUGCAAGCUGGUUUACCUGGGGAUGCCCUAAGCCAUUAUAAUUCUGCUGCAAGUAUCCUACAAGCAGUUAACGACUGGCUAUGGCUUGGUGCAGCAUACGAAGGACUUUGCACAGCCUCUGCAUUGGUUUUAUAUCCUAACAUGUGUCGAAGUCUUCCACUGCAAAGGAAUUCAUCUCUACAAGAAGGGAGUCCUGGAAAACAAAGACGUGGAUCUCAAGCCGUUACAUUACCUACACCACCAACGAUAGACGUAUUGAAAGCCAGCAUGCCACAUAUAUUACCACCGGAAGAAAUAUCGAAAAAGUAUCGCGAAGCAAUUAUUCAUUAUAGUAAAUAUCAAAACGCAGGUAUAAUUGAGACAGAAGCGAGUUUCAAAGCUACAAGAAUUUCUAUUGAACAAAAUUGUACUCUACAAGCAACAUCCUUUCUCAAUAACGUGCUCUUUAUUAAUUUAACAUUAAGCGAACAAGAGAAGAUCGAUCGAUUUACAACGUUGUCAGAAUUAUUUACGUCAUUUGGUUUCGCUAGAAAAGCUUCGUUUUGCUUGCGGUUAGCAGCAACAAGACACGUCUCACAAAAUAAUCCAAAUCCGGACUGGCAGCAGUGUUACAACCUGAUGCUGCAAGUUACAUCCGGAUUUAAACUAUCUCUGGAUCCCGUAGAGAUGCCUAGUGAUGGUCAAAGAGGCUGGCCUGCCAUACAAAUUCAGGUGAUAAAUGAACUUGUAGCUGCAGCUAAUCGUAUGGGAAAUCCUGCUCUAGCAACAAGGCACAUGACAUUCUUACUUCAAACUAUGUUCAAUCAUUUAACUCCUCAAGAACGCAAAGACAUAACUUUGCAACUUCAAGCUGUAUCGCAGCAGUGCGAAGGCGCACCGGUUCCUCUUGUAUUGGAUUCGGGAACGGUAAUACCACCAGCAAAUUUAACAAAUAUACCAAAGACAAAAUCGUUCACAUUAAAAAAUCUGCAGCCGCAUUUGCAACCGCAAAAAGUUGAGAGGAUAAAGGAGGACCACGGUCCCUUUUUAUUUACACCAAUAAAUUUUGGUUCUUUAGAAAGGAAAAACACGUCCAAAAGUAAAAUGGAUUAUCUUUGGGUAGAAGGAGAUAUUUGUGAAGUUUCUAUGCAACUUAUUAAUCCUUUGCCAUUCGAACUUCACGUAUCGAAUAUGCGUUUGCUUACUAAUGGUAUAGUAUUCGAAUCUAUCCCGGAGACCAUAACAUUACCUGCGGAGUCAGGUCCAAUAGCUGUGACAUUGGCAGGAACGCCAAAGGAAGUUGGGGAUUUAGAAAUCUUAGGUUUUAGCACACAUACUUUAGGGGUUAAAUCGAAUUGUCGAUUAAGAUAUAUGGAGAAUAUGCCGCAUCCGCAAUAUUCAGUCGAGGUAGUUCCUGCCUUGCCAAGAAUCGACGUAGCUACGAGUUUACCUCAAACAGCAAGUUUCAGUUCCGGCGACAAUAUAGUCACCAGUGCCAGUGUAACGUUGUAUGGUGGUGAAAGUUCUGAAUGUACCAUCACUAUAACUAACGUUGGUCAAGUUCCAAUUGAAAUGAUUGAAAUAUCCGUACAGUCAACAUUAGAUGCUCCUACAGAAAGUAAAAUAUUUAACUGGAGUGAUGAGAAUUUGAAAACUCAGUUGCCCUUACAACCUGGUGCAAGUGCCAGUCUCACUUUAUAUUUGUACGCAGUUGUUGACUUUCUUGCUCCCACUUCAAGAAAUGAAAUUAGCAGCAGUGCCUACUUGAGUCAGCCUAGUAGUAUAAUGUCUCAUUCUGGUCCAAGUUCCUUGCCAUCAAGAUUAAGUUCACCAUCUCAUCAUACAAAAAGACAAUCUGAAUUGACAUCAUCCUUUCGCUCUGGACUCAGUUCGCAUUCUGGUCAUUCAUCUCUGGCGAGUACCAGGUUAUCAAAACUUGCUGUACCACUACAUGCCUCAAACAUCAUCGAGGGCCAAUUGAAAAUUAAGUACUCUGGUGAUGCUGGAUUGGCUGCAGGUUAUUGCAGGAUAUCUUCAGUCUUUGUAACAAUUGAGAUGUUGCCCAGUGUUCAGAUAACAAGCUGGGAUGUGCUUCCAGCAGAAACACCCGCGCAAUUUUAUUUGGUACUAGACGUGACUAAUAUGACAAAUCAUGAGAUGGAAUUGCAUUACACACAAACUAAAUGUAUCUAUAUGGAAGGUAGAGAACCUUGUCGCAUUCCAGUACCAGUCGACAGAUGUCCGUUGAACAAACUUUCAGUGCUCAACGAAGGUGGCGAUAGCGCAGAACUUGAGAGAAUUUGUGCAGAACAUAUUGCUUCACUGGUUGAUCUGAGGUGGCAAUUAUUGGGUAUAGAAUCAUCUGGUAAAGCUACUUUGAGUGGUUUAACACUCACCCAAGAUAUGUUAGACCUUGUCAGGAUGAGUCCACUUCAAUGGGAAAUAACUAUAAAUGAUAUAGCCGUAAAGGCACAGGAUGAGUUAACUUGUGGAUUGGGAGAAUGUGUAAGCGUAGGGGUUGGUGUAUGCAAUGCUUUGGAACAUUCACUUAGUGAUUUGAUUUUAUCAAUAAACUUCUACCAAGAUCAUCAAAAUGGCGUGAAUAACUAUAGAUUGGAUACAAGAUUGUCGAUUGCUGGUGCUAAUAAAGUGAUGCUUCCUACGUUACAGGAAUAUGGACGUGCCUAUCACGAGUGUCGUGUUGUUUUUUUUACUGCUGGCCAAUAUAAAAUUGAUAUACAAUGCAGCAGUAGAGAAUCUACGCCAACCGCACUGGCAAUUUGUUCAGAACUCAUAAAUGCUGGUCACACUUGGCGUUACAUUCCACCAUUGGAAAUUACUGUUGGGGAAUGCUAAGCUUGUUAUAAUUAAUAAUAGUGAUAACUUUAAGGAGUCUCAAUUGCUGCAUGGGAAUUUGUAAUAUAUUCAGUUGGCGGAAAUGAUUAAUUUCUCUUUUGUACAUUACAGAUGUAUUGCGUCAUAGAUUCACCUAAUUCGUAUCCUGUCAAUUGCAUAAGACCACUGUUACAUUAAAUACAUUUAUAUUAAAACAUAUUCCGCUAUCUGUC